UGUGUUUGAGGCUGAUUGAGUGGGUCUGUGUGAGAAUCGAGUGAUAGAGAGCUCCAAGUGGCAGGAACUAGGCCAGGACCUUGAAGUCUGGAAGAGCCUUGAAGGCCAAAUCUCCCACCGAGGCUCAAACCUAUUCCGGGCUUGGAGGCGGGCUAUCCAUCAUGUUAGUCCAAGAACCCGUGCACGCGGCCAUUUGGCAUUGUUUGAACCAUUAUAGCUUCGGUGAUGCUACCUUUCUGGCCGAACGACUCUUUGCCGAGGUCAGCUCCGAGGAUGCUUUGCAUCUUUUGGCCACGUGCUAUUAUCGAUCGGGUCGGUGUCAUGAAGCCUACGACCUUUUGACCACCAACGGGGUCAAGAAGUCGGAGAAUCGAUUUCUCUUGGCCAAAUGCGCCUGGGAUCUGAAAAAAUUGUCAGAGGCCGAGUCCGUUCUUCAAGGGGAUGCGUUGGACCCACGGAAAGAGUUGUCGGGCGAGGAUUUUGUGGGCGAAUUCGGGGAAUCGGCCUCGUUCGCCUUGCAGCUACUGGCCCGCGUAUACGGCCAAACUGAGCGUCGACAGCGGGCUUCAGAGGCCGAUCGGAAGGCCUUGCGGAUGAAUCCGUUUCUGUGGAAAUGUUUUGAGUCCCUCUGUCAACGGGGUGACUUUCCCGAUCCGAACCAAGUCUUCUCAGUCAAGCAUCUCGAGAAUUUUUCCCAGUGUCUCGGGGUCAAUGGGAUACUGAAUGCGGUGAACACGAUCACGUCGAACUCGCCGGUGGUGCAUGGCUCCUCUGUGAACGUGUCCCAUGCCCCUUUGCCCUCAACAUUGCCGGUGAUCACGCUCAUUUCUACGCCCAAUUCGGCUUCCACGCCCCAGCCGUCCCACGUCACACCCAAGCCUAUGGAAACCCCGGAGGUUGUCACACCCAUGGAAACGCAAUCCGAAGUGGUUACGCCGUUUUCUAAUGUGACUCCAUCAUCGAACGCCUCCAUGAACAACUCGACGCGCCUGAUGUCGGGUAUUGGUGCGCUAAAUUACACCACCGACUCCGAGAUGCCGUUGGCCACGAAGCAAUUGAACAAUUCGCAUCUGAUGCCGCCCCCGCCUUUACGAAAAAAGUUCCGCCAACAGAAUCCUCACACCCCUUUGGCUCACAUGAUAGACAAGUGUCUGGAUGAUAGUUACGAUACGCCCACUUUUGGCAUCUUGCCUCGUCACUCCAUGGCUCGAUUGGAAGUGGGUUCUAUAGCGCUUAAGCUAAAUUUCUCGUCGCCCUCUCUCUCCGUGUUGUCACCAUGUCCAGCGACCCACUCGCAGGACUCCAACCUGCCCGAAAAAGUCCCCCUAGGAAACAAAUUGAAAUCGAGUAACUCUGCCAGCAAGGAGAACCCUCCGAAGCCUAGUGUCUUUGGCCAGUCUUGUAGCAAUAGUGGGAACCAGAACAUAACUCCCUCGCCAGCCAGCCAGAUUGUCCGAAGAUCCUCCAGGCUUUUCGGGUCCACCCAGUCAGUCAAGGAGAAUAGCAAGGCCCCGGCCAAAAAGGCUCGCGGUGUUCCCAAGUCACCCUCGCGCAAAUCCAAGACCCGGCUAGCUCUCUCGAACCAAUCUGAGUUGGCUGAGAAGAACGAAAAGAACAAGGUUGAGCGAGAGAAACUCCUUGGAGAUGACCCCAAAGUCAUUGGGGGAGAUGAUCUCAUCAAACCCAAGACCUUCGUCAUGCCCAACUUGAGUUCACAGGCCUUGGUCAUUCAGAAGCAAUCCGUUGACGGGCUCAUGCAACUCAUGCGCCAGCUUGCCAGUGCUUUCAUCGAACUCUCCAAAUAUAACAGCAAGAAGGCCAUCGAGACUUUGGAAGGACUUACCAGCAAUCACCUCAAUACGGGUUGGGUUUUGGGCCUCAUGGGGCGGGCUCACUUCGAGUGUGGCCAGUACAAGGAGGCGAGACAACUUUUCAAGAGCAUGCGCGAAAAGGAGCCGUUUCGUUUAGACUUCACAGAAUUCUACUCCACCACGCUCUGGCAUAUGCAAGAGGAUGUUGAAUUGUCAUGCCUGGCCCAAGACCUCACAAAAAUCAACAAAUUCUCGCCUCAGGCGUGGUGUGCCGCCGGCAAUUGCUUUUCUCAUCUCAAGGAACACGAGAAUGCCAUCAAGUUCUUCCAACGGGCAGUACAGGUGGAUGACUCCUUCGCUUAUGCCUACACCCUCCUCGGACACGAAUAUGUGGCCAUCGAGGAACUGGACAAAGCCCUGGCUUGUUUCAGAUCGGCGGUGAGAAUCGAUCCGCGACAUUAUAACGCUUGGUACGGAAUUGGACUGACCUACUACAAGCAAGAGCGCUUCCAAUUGGCUGAUAUCUAUUACAAGAAAGCCCUUCACUCCAAUCCGUACAAUCCAAUCCUUAUGUGUCACGUGGCUGUGGUCCAACAUUCUCAACAGAGAACCGAAAAGGCUUUAGAGACUCUGAACUCUGCCAUACAGCAGGCCCCGAAAAAUUCCCUGUGCAAAUUCGAGCGAGCUUCGAUUCUAUUCACAGCUGAACGAUACCAUGAGGCCUUACAAGAGCUCAAUGAGUUAAAGCAGCUCGCCCCCAAAGAGUCUCCGGUGUAUUUCCUCUUGGGAAAGGUGCAUAGCAAAUUAAACAACACGCACUUGGCUCUUAUGCACUUUUCUUGGGCCAUGGACUUAGACCCCAAGGGAGCAAAUGCUCAAAUCAAGGACGCCCUUGAUCCUAAUCUGAAUCGGGCAAACCCAGAUGAAAGCACAGUCAACAAUCCACAUGAUGAUGCAGGGGCGAUGGGUGGGACAUCGAAUCUUACAAAUGCCCAUGCCAGUAACCAGGACGAUAUGAUGCAAACCGAAAGUCAAGACGAGUUUCACGAUAUCACCGGAUCCUUCCACCCUGAUGGUGGGGCAUCGACUUCGCAAGAAUCUUUGGACGCCUCUUCCGUGGGUGUGCGAGUACCUUUGAACGAUGAUGAAGCCAUGCGAUUUGAUGUGGAAGUCACUCCGCCCUCCGGUUCUGCCUCUGCCAGUAAUCCGGGGCUCUCAGCCGCGCUCCAUUUGCAACAUAAUCACGUCCCGUCACGCGAUGACAGCUUGUAAUCCACGAUCCUCGUGGACGGUCGGGGCUUUGGGAUCCUCUGUAGACUGAUGUUGAUGGUGCCCCUUUUCUAACGUGGGUGAUAAAUGAUGACGAUGAUAACCAGAACAUCAUUAACAAAGCGCAACGAGGAUGGAGAUGAUGAGGACAAAGUGAGGAGAUGAGCAUAUGAACCGGAGUGUCGGACCCGAGUCGUUCUAGAGAAUUAUGAGAAACUGUCUUGUUGUUGUGCUCCUGUUCCCGUUUGAUUGGCUUAAUCUGGUAUUUGUGUCUGUACAGAAAUCGACUUCAUACUUAUAGCUCUUGAUUUGGGAAAUUUGCCCAAUCAGAAAUAAUAAAAUCACCAAAAGACUUUA